AUGGCCAAUAACUACACCCUCGGUUCCUUGUGUUCGGUAGAGAAAUUGGUAGCUCCCGAUAUCUUUGGUACUCAUGUUCUCAAUAUCAGCCCAUCCAUGGUUACCAACUUCACGACCAGCGUUCUAGGGUAUUUUAACUUCCACCAUGGCCCAGUUGAAGUUGAAAAUGUGGAUUUCUGCAAUAUCGCCGCCUUUUACACGCAUCCCGGCCAAGACGACAUGAUCCUUGUUAAGAUUGUUUAUGGCCGGAAGCCUAAAUUCUCUUACUUUAGCGGAUACUUGCAAGGCAAAUACCUAGCACCCUGCGAGUUGCAUAAGAUUGAUAUGGCAGCUGCAGCCGCAUGUGAUAAACAAGACGGCGUCUGUGACGGCAUAGUGUCUAAUGUUAGCUUAUGCAAGUUCAACCCCUUCACCCUCGUAGGCACCACCUUUGACUGUGCUGGCACUCGGAUAGAAGUAUCGGAGGCUACAGAUGCUGUAUCUAACGCAACUUGGUCAGGUCCUAAAUCCAUCAACGUCGACCUUCUGUGUACUUGCACUGGAGUCCCAUUCUCUGUCUACACAGAUUGGGUAUCCGUUUCUGUCGAGCGCAACCUCAAUAUCUGUUUCACCACACUUAUGCAUAAUAAAUAUAACCUUAUCUUUAAAUUAUCGCUUAUUCAGUACUCUCAUAUCAACGGAGAGGAUAUUAAUUUGGCACUAUUAUUCCGACGAGGCGGCAAAGUCCUGGGGUACCACUGCACACUUGACGCCCUCAUCCCUCUGCAGGGCACUUUGGAUUACUAUGACUCUGUCGCGGCUAUCGUUCCUGACAUUCACGAUUAUUACCGAAUACUCGAAGCACCUGGUGUUAGCCACUGCUAUGGAGGACACGGAGGACAGCCUCAAACCUCCUUCGAUGCCCUCCGGGCGUGGGUGGAGAACGGAACUGUACCAGAAACCCUGCCAGUCAGCUAUACCGAUAAGAACGGAACGUUGAACAGUAGGUUCCUCUGCCUAUACCCUAAAAAGGUCCGGUAUAAUGGUCAGGGCAACACUGGACUUAAGAUUAGCUAUACUUGUGUGGCCUAG